AUGAAGCUGCAGGCCGUCAUGGAGACCUUGCUCCAGCGCCAGCAGCGGGCCCGCCAGGAGCUCGAAGCCCGGCAGCUGCCACCAGAGGUCCCCGCCGGCCCCCCGGCCCGAGCCCACGCCGGCCCCCCAGAGGAGGACAGGGAGCCCGAGAGCGCGCGGAUACAGCGGGCACAGAUGGCCGCAUUGGCUGCCAUGAGGGCGGCAGCCGCCGGCCUUGGACAUCCCGCCAGCCCCAGCAGCCACUCUGAAGAAGAGGACACAGGACCCCCGGAGGGGGCACCAGGCUCACCUGCCCUGCCUGGCCGAGGAGAAGGAGGCGGGCACUUUGAGGAAAUGGCCUCCGAUGAGGACAUGAAGCAGAAGUGGGAGGGUGAGGAGAUGGAGGAAGACCUGGCGGACGAGGACGAGGACAUGGAGGAGGACUACGAGGAGGACGAGGAUGAGGAGGGGCUGGGUCCCCCCGGCCCCACCAGCCUGGGCUCUGGGGCGCUGUUUCCCCGAAAGGCUCAGCCACCCCAGUCGCUCCGUGGGGAUGGCACUGCCCGGGCGCUGGGGGGGCUGGAGCGUCAGGGGCCUGGGGCAGCCCACCCUGGAGGGGCUGCACAUGUGGUGCCUUCACUGCAGCCACCAGACCACGGGGACUGGACCUACGAGGAGCAGUUCAAGCAGCUGUAUGAACUGGACGGGGACCCCAGGAGGAAGGAAUUCCUGGACGACUUGUUCAGCUUCAUGCAGAAGCGAGGCACGCCAGUGAACCGCAUCCCGAUCAUGGCCAAGCAGGUGCUGGACCUGUUCAUGCUGUACGUGCUGGUGACCGAGAAGGGCGGCCUGGUCGAGGUCAUCAACAAGAAGCUGUGGCGGGAGAUCACCAAAGGCCUUAACCUGCCCACCUCCAUCACCAGCGCCGCCUUCACGCUGCGCACCCAGUACAUGAAGUACCUGUACCCCUACGAGUGCGAGAAGCGGGGCCUCAGCAGCCCCAAUGAACUCCAGGCGGCCAUUGACAGCAACCGGCGGGAGGGCCGGCGCCAGAGCUUUGGGGGCGCCCUGUUCACCUACUCACCAGGUGGGGCACACGGUAUGCUGUCCUCUCCCAAGCUGCCUGUGCCAUCCCUGGGCCUGGCCGCCAGCACCAAUGGCAGUUCCAUCCCCCCAGCGCCCAAGAUCAAAAAAGAGGAGGACUCGGCCAUCCCCAUCACAGUCCCAGGACGCCUGCCAGUCUCCUUGGCGGGUCACCCCGUAGUAGCAGCCCAGGCCGCAGCAGUCCAGGCCGCAGCUGCCCAGGCAGCCGUGGCAGCACAGGCCGCUGCCCUGGAGCAGCUUCGAGAGAAGCUGGAGUCUGGGGAGCCUCCUGAGAAGAAGAUGGCCCUGGUGGCCGACGAGCAGCAACGCUUCAUGCAGCGGGCCCUGCAGCAGAACUUCCUGGCCAUGACCGCCCAGCUGCCCAUGAGCAUACGGAUCAAUAGUCAAGCCGCGGAGAGCCGCCAGGACGCGGCAGUGAGCGUGAGUGGUGCCAACGGCAGUAACAGCAUCAGCAUGUCCGUGGAGAUCAACGGCGUCAUGUACACAGGAGUGCUGUUUGCUCAGCCGCAGGCCCCCACGCCCCCCUCAGCGCCCAGCAAAGGCGGCAGCGGCGGCGGGGGGACCCGAGCAGCCAGCAGCGGGACCAGCAGCAGCUCUGGUGGCCAGGCCGGCCCCGCAGGGCUGUCCGCAGCCCCCACGUCUUCUACCUCAAAUAACUCAUUGCCUUAA